AUGAAUCGACCAACAAGUCGACAGGAUUUCCGCAUUGCGAUCAUUUGCGCACUUUCACGCGAAGCGGACGCGGUUGAAGCUCUUUUCGACAUCCACUGGGACGAAAACGGGCCUCCUUACGACAAAGCAGCAAAUGAUCCCAACGCCUACUCCACCGGCUGUAUCGGAAGACAUAACGUUGUGCUUGCCUACAUGCCGGGCAUGGGGAAAGCAAACGCAACUCUUGUCGCGACCAACUGUCGUAUCAGCUUUCCCAGCAUUAGCCUGGCUCUCGUCGUGGGAAUUUGUGGUGCCGUGCCGUUUGCGCCGAGUAAUGGGGACGAGAUUAUUCUAGGCGACGUCAUCAUAAGCGAUGGACUAGUCCAGUAUGAUUUUGGACGACGACUUCCUGAGCGUUUCGUACCGAAGGACACUCUUCUUGACUCUCUAGGACGACCCAACACUGAAAUUCGCUCACUCCUGGCGAAGUUGAAGGGCGUCUAUACCAGGAAGACUCUACGGAGAAAGAUGCUGAGCUGCGUCGAGGAGCUUCAGGGUAGGUCGGAGCUGAAGGCAGAAUACCCAGGUCACAAAAAGGACAUUCUUUUCACAUCGAGCUACCACCAUGUUGGCGGCGGAAAGGUAUGCGAAGAGUCGGGCUGCAACGGUGAACUAGUCCACCGCCGUCGUCUUGGUGAGCUUUCAUCAAAGCCACAAGUACAUUUUGGCUUGAUUGCUUCUGGCGAUACGGUAAUGAAAGCUGGGGAUCAGCGCGAUGAGAUCGCGCAACGACAGGAUGUGAUAGGAUUUGAAAUGGAGGGUGCAGGAGUAUGGGAUAGCUUCCCAUGCGUUGUUAUCAAGGGCGUCUGCGACUAUGCCGACAGUCACAAGACGAAAGUAUGGCAAAACUAUGCUGCGGUGACCGCAGCAGCUUGUGCCAAGGCGUUCUUGAGUUAUUGGGUACCGCAACAGCAGUAG